GUGAAUAUGUACAAGCAAUCGAAUGCUUACGUCCGGUAUAUAGAGCCACUGGAUGUUGAUUUGGCCCGGCAGGUCGAAUAUGAUAUGGAUGAGCAAGAUAAAGAGUGGCUAGACGAUCUCAACACUUUUCGGGCUGAACUACACGUUGAAGCUGUCACUUACGAGCUCUUUGAGAUCAUCAUCGAUAGACUAGAGAAAGAGUACUUGAACCUGCAGAAGAAGUUACCAGCGUCACAUACUAAAGCACACUUCAAUGAGGAUUCAACCUGCGUUAUAUGCAAUGAUAGUGAAUGCGACAACAGCAACGCGAUUGUCUUCUGUGAUGGGUGUAAUUUGGCGGUACAUCAAGAUUGCUAUGGCAUACCCUACAUUCCAGAAGGGCAGUGGUUAUGUAGGAAGUGUACGGUCUCACCUGAGAACCCAGUCUCUUGCGUUCUUUGUCCAAAUGAAGGCGGGGCCUUCAAACAAACGAAUAGUGGUGCAUGGGCACACGUACUCUGCGCUAAUUGGAUACCCGAAACUGGUCUUGCGAACCCAGUUUACCAGGAGCCUGUAGAAGGCAUUGACAAGAUACCCAAAUCCCGCUGGAAACUCAACUGUUACAUUUGCAAAGAGAAGAUGGGGGCCUGUAUACAAUGCGAUGACAGAUCGUGUUUUGUGGCCAUGCACCCGACCUGUGCAAAGAAUUUCGGUCUUCUAUGCAAGACUAAGAACUUACCUGAUGAUCAGACGAUCAUAAUGAGGGCGCUCUGUCAUAGGCAUAGGCCGAAGACCAUAAAAAGUGCACCACUGUUUGAUGCAGAUAAGGAUUUAACUGUUAUACCCAUGCAAGUAAAGUCGUCGACCAAAGCUGCACGCGCACAUAGCCACAAUUUCAACCCUGGCCCACCUCUCUGUCCACAAUACGUUAUUGAACGGAUAUUGGAUGCCAUUGAAUCUAUUGAUAUCAGUUACAAGCAGGAAAUAGUCUACGAGGUUACAAAAUACUGGGCUUUGAAAAGAGAAAAACGGAGGGGUGCUGGUUUGAUACGAAGAUUACAUCUCGAGCCAUGGUCAGCAACCCUUAGCUCACAGCACAGUGAAGCCGACAAACGUCAAAAGAUGGAGUAUAUGGUUUCUAUCAAGGAAGAUCUUGAACGCGCUCGUCAACUCGUUGAGAAGUUACUUGAAAGAGAGGCAGCCAAACAUGAGCAGACAAACCAUGUGAUUGAAACGAUUUGCAACUUUUUCUAUCCAUUCGACAAACAACUGCGACUCGUAUUCGAGAAGAUUGCCGCGUUAGACACAGACGAUAUAUUCGCAGAGCAAGUAUCAACAUUAGACGCACCAGAUUAUUAUGAAAUAAUAAAACAUCCAAGAAGUUGGUCGUUCAUAUACUCAAAAAUUGACACGAAGAGCUACAAGCAUAAAGAUGAAUUCUUGGCAGAUAUAAAUCUCGUAUAUGACAAUGCAAUGGAGUAUAACAUGCCGGAUUCCUUUAUAUACAAUGCUGCACAGAAACAAAAAGAAUUAGCUAAGCAGAUCCUUGAAGAAUCACUCAGUGAGAUUACUACUUUUGAGCAGGAUUCCAAAGUGAUCGAAGUACUAAGGGAUGAGCAGGGUAUUGAGAAACUAUAUGAUACUAGUCUCUUCCAAGAACCAGAACAGGUUGAGGAGCUUGUUGCCAAGCCUUCUAAGCGGAGACGGAGAGCGUCGAGAGCACCAAAGAAAAGCAAGAGGAAAAACAAGCCUUAUGACAGAGAAGAAGCAAGAGUCACAUUACAAGAACGACAACAAAGACAGGCUGUCAUUGCAGAUAAACAAUUAAAAGACAUCAUCGACUCUGGCGGAGGUGAGAGGUCUUUGCGAAGUUCCCAUAGAGAUCUCAAGCCAGAAGAGAAAGAUACCAGUGUAGAGAUCAACAGAAAGGAAGAGAAUAUUGACGUUUCAGAGCAGCAAAGUGAAGUAACGAGUCCAGGUAAAGAAGCUCAAAAAUCACCAUCCAAAACUUUCAAGAAAGAAAAAGAGAGUCAGCGAGUGAAAAAAGAAGAAUCUACUGCUGAACCUAUUGACGAUGUUGAUAAUCAGGAGAAUGACUUGAGCACCAGUACUAAUCUCAGGCGGUCUAAAAGAAGAUCUUCCGUCACGAAAGAGCCACAAUUGUCCAGAGAAUCUUCACUGUCAGUUGUACCGCAAAGCGAAGAACCUGAAGAAGGUCCACAGACGAAAGAAGCUGACAGCAAGAAACGCAAAGGAGAUACAGACCAUAAAGGAAGCAGCAAACCCAAGAAAAUCGCAAAGAAAACCAAAUCAAAACCAAGAGAAAGCACUAAAUCGAGUGGAAAGAGGACCGCUCCUCCGACGAGAAGUACUGACUUCACGAGUGGAUCACUAGUCUGGGCAAAGUUAGAAAAAUACCCACAUUUCCCAUCAGAGAUUUACGAUGUUGAUGAUGAAGAAGAUGCUGAAGUAGUACCGGACAACGUCAUGAAAGCCAGACCAAAAUCGAAAUUUGUUAUUUAUUUAGUCAAGUUCUUUGAUUCUAAACGUACAUGGGCUUGGGUACCACGUCACAACAUCGUUUCACUAGGUUGGGAUGAUGUUGAUCAACAAUACCUCGAGAGAAAGUUAUUCAAAGGGGUUAGAGAAUGGGAGUCGACGAAAGCUGCUUAUAGGAGAGCCAUGUCUAGUUUAAUUGAUUGAUAAUAUUUAUGUAAUUAUGAAUGACGUCGCAUUACCUGCAAAGACAUCCUUGGCAGUUAUAUUAGUUGAGAUAGGAUUAGUUCGAUCUUCGUUAUGUCCCAGACCAAGAUUCCCAUGCUCGUUCCAUCCAAAGGCCCAAACCAUGUUGUCUUCAUCUAGGAUAAGUGUGUGUUCACUACCUACAACCAUUUUCUUAACAGAUAUUGAUGAUGUAACAAGCUGGGGUAAGACUUCAUUGCUAUUGCUAUUAGGAAGUGCACCACUACGUCCACCUGCCCAUAUAGAUUGUCCAUCGUAUACGACUGUGCCCCUCCAUGUGCAUCCGAAGUCCCGGACUGGUGAAAUGUCACGGAUAUUGAGCUGACCGUAUUGAUUAGAUCCCCAGCAUAUCAAACCAUCUUGCGAUUGUAUAAUAGUGUGCUCUCUUCCUGUUCUAACUUUUAUAAGAGGUGUAGAAGACCUAUAGAGUUCAUGUGGAGUGCUUAAAAAAGAUGUACCACUGUGUUCUUCACCAAGCUGACCUUUCCUAGAUGCUCCCCAUCCGUAUACGAUCCAUAGUGGUUUAUCUACCUGUUUCAAGAGAACUACUGCAUGUCUAAAGGUCGAUGAGAUAUCAAUCACGGUGUGAUUGUCUAAAGGGAGAGACAGAGGGGUGAAUACAGUAGAACCUUCUUUAACACCUCUUAUCCCAAAUUCAUCGCUACCAAAGCUUACCAAAAAGGAAGACUUUUUUGUGUUUGAUUGAAAGAGAACGAAAGAGGUAGACCAACUGGCUGAGCAAAGUGUUGGGGUAUAUCCAUCAUAUCGUAUAUCCAAUAACUUGAGUUCUUCGAGGCACUUAUCGUCUAUAGUUCCAAGUUGACCGCUGUCGUUUAAACCAGCACCGUAUAGCUCGUCUUUCAUUAUGGCUAAGGUAUGAUUACCACCAGUAGAUAAUCGCUCGACAUCGCCUGAAUAGCAAAUUUUGAAAUUAUUCAAAUCCUCACCAGGAAUAGCCAAUUGUGAGUUUGAAUUUGAACCAGCAGCUAAUAAUGUCAUCAAAACUGAAUUAGUGAAAUUGUUAAGGAAUACUUACAAUUGUUCAAUUACUCAAGCAAUGGCUGCUUUGAAGGAUGGAAACUAUGAUUUGACUAGUUCAAAGAAGGCGAUAGAGACUAUUUUAGAGAGAGAUUCAACCAAAAAGGCUGAGAAAGCACUCAAUAGAGGUGUUGGUAGUGAGGGUUUGAUUGGUACCAUCAUUCUCAACAAUGGAUUCCCUAUAACGACAGGUGUACCUGCAUUGAAUAGAGCUAGAGGUGGUAUCUUGCAAGUUAACUGCGAGACAGACUUCGUUGCUAGAACAACUAAUUUCAAGCAGUUGGUACAGGAUGUUAGUCAUACAUUAGCCUUCUUGAACGAAUCCAACGGAUUCAAAGACAUAGAUUUGAAUGGUGACAUCUUAAGCGCACCUUUGAUACAGUCAAACCCUGAUUCAACGCCUUCUACAUCCUCUAAUACUUCGAUAAAAGAUGCUAUCACUCAAACAAUAGCUAAUGUGGGCGAAAAUAUUACCUUACAAAGAUUCUCAGGUUUUAGCUUGAAUCCUGCAACCGACAAAUCAUCUCCGUUUAGAUUACUCGGACAGUUUACUCACAACAAAUUACAAAACGAGUCAAAUUCACCUGUCGAAUUGGGUACAUUAGCUGGUCUGAUAGACUUGGAAGUCUCUAAUACUAGCAAUGAAUCAACAGCUAGCAGUCUGGCAAAGAAGAUAGCAAGACAAUCAGUUGCUAUCCCAUCAGAAACUUUGGAAGAUUUCAACAGUCAGGAGCUCCUUGGAGGUGCUGAAGGUGAAAGUGUCUUAGAUCACCUCAAGAGCAUGGAUGCAAAAAUUUUAGAUUUCAAAAGAUGGUCCAUCAAGUAAUUUAUUGUAAAUUACACUUUUCAUUAAUGCUGUCAUCUU